AUGGAGAAGAGUUACGUGUCCGUGUUCCUGCUGCUCAUUGCCAUCUCCUGUGUUCUGGCCAAGGAUGUGGGCAAGAAGGAUACGAAGGAAACUAACACUAAGCCCAAACUGCCUCAGACACUCUCCAGAGGCUGGGGAGACCAGCUCAUCUGGACACAGACGUACGAGGAAGCCCUCUUCCGCGCCAAGCACAGCAAUAAACCCCUGAUGAUUAUCCACCACCUGGAUGACUGCCCACACAGUCAAGCACUCAAGAAGGUCUUUGCUGAACAUAAAGAAAUACAGAAACUGGCUGAAAAAUUCAUUCUCCUGAACCUUGUGUAUGAAACCACAGACAAGAACCUGGCACCUGAUGGCCAGUACGUCCCUCGGAUUUUGUUCAUCGAUCCUUCCCUGACUGUGAGAGCUGAUAUUACUGGAAGAUACUCAAACCGUCUCUAUGCAUACGAGCCCUCUGACAUUUCAUUGUUGUAUUCAAACAUGCAGAAAGCACUGAAGCUGCUGAAGACUGAACUGUAA